ACCGCCCGUCCUUUCGUAUUAUUUUUAUCACCAUUUGCGAUGGAUCCCUCGUCCCUACCAAGUACCCUCAAACUGGCCAACUUGGACAUUCCCGGAAUCCACACACAAUCUAGACAACUUCCUGGACGACACCUCCACUUUCAACCUGUCAACACGAACCGCUGGGUCACCCUAAACAACCGCCUUCACCCCGAUCAUCCAUUUCCACUCGGUGCCACACCUGCAAACCAGAACUUCCGUGAUGAUCCACCAACCACAACGCAACGCGACCUCGAUUCGGAUCAUCUGCUGGACGUGAUCACGGAAAAGACGGCCUCGACGCAAUUGCCUUACCGUGGAGCGCUGUGGCCAGAGGCGAACUUCGCGUGCAACAAGUUCAACACGAAGAUCAUCCAGAGUGAGCUCAGAUCUGAAGCUAGUGGGAAGUCAGACGAGUGCGCACUGGUUCCACAAGGUCGUGUGGAGCCGCUGGAUUUUGGUACGGCCACGAACCCGAACGGGGUCAUCGUCGGUGGUUGCGAAGGUGGCGUCAUCCAGGUUUACAGCGCUUUGAAGCUGUUGGGCGGGGAGAACGCGCUGAGGGCCCAGCAGGACAAACACAACGGAGCGGUGCGCAGUAUGGACUACAAUCCGUACCAGAAUAAACUGUUGGCCUCGGGAGCAUCGGAAUCGGAAAGCUUCAUCUGGGUUCUGAACAUCACAGCGGCGCCGAUGAGCCCAGGAGCGAAGGCGCAACCGUUUGAGGACGUUCAGGGUCUCGCGUUGUAUAAUCGGGGAUCUCCGCAAGAAUGA